UUAUGUGAACCGCUUGAAACUUGCGAAUGACAUUUUGGUGGGUGGGGUAGAGAACUCGCUCGUAUCACCUCUGUUCUCUACUCUAUCUAAUGGAGUUUACCGCAAAGCUUCAUCAUCCUGACCUCACCGCCUCAUUUCUCUUAUACACACGACGCCAUGCUCUGCCACCUACCCUCACUCACACCUUUGCCACCACCAGACACAACAACAUUAAUACUAAUUUUGUUUAUCCCAAUCGAUUCUUCCACCCAAAAAUAUCAAAUUCAACUUCAUCUCGUUUACCUGCUGUAGCCGUCGACGACACUGCGUUAGCUGAAGACGACAUUGAGUCGCUAUUUUCCAAAUCUUCCGUCGAUGAACGAAAAAGCAACAAGCAAUCGAAAUCAAAUAGCGGCGCUUCGAGUGUUUCAUCUGGUGUUAAGUUGGAAAACAUUCGCAAAACGUACAAAGGUGUUACCGUUUUGAAGGAGGUUAAUUGGGAAGUGAAAAAGGGAGAUAAAGUAGGUUUGGUUGGUGUAAACGGUGCAGGGAAAACAACUCAGAUGAGGAUUAUUGCUGGUCUUGAAGAACCUGAUUCUGGUAACGUGAUCAAAGCUAAACCUAACAUGAAAAUUGCGUUUUUAAGCCAAGAAUUCGAGGUGUCACCGAGUAGGACGGUUAGGGAAGAGUUUAUGAGUGCUUUCAAAGAGGAAAUGGAGGUUGCUGCUAAGUUGGACAAAGUGCAGAAGGCUCUUGAGGAUUCUGUUAAUGAUUUGGAGUUGAUGGGAAGGCUUUUGGAUGAGUUUGAUUUGCUUCAGAGACGAGCACAGUCUGUGAAUUUGGAUGUUGUUGAUUCAAAGAUAAGUAAGUUGAUGCCUGACCUUGGUUUUGGUACCGAGGAUUCUGAUAGGUUGGUUGCAUCUUUUAGUGGUGGAUGGCAAAUGAGGAUGUGUCUUGGGAAGAUUAUACUUCAGGAACCGGAUUUAUUAUUGUUAGACGAGCCCACAAAUCACCUUGAUCUUGACACUAUUGAGUGGCUUGAAGACUAUCUUAAUAAGCAGGAUGUACCGAUGGUUAUAAUUUCCCAUGACAGAGCUUUUCUCGAUCAACUGUGUACGAAAAUUGUGGAAACUGACAUGGGUGUAUCCAGGACAUUUGAGGGAAAUUAUUCUGAGUAUAUACUUUCAAAGGCAACUUGGAUUGAAACACAGUAUGCUGCAUGGGAGAAACAGCAGAAAGAAAUUGAACAGACAAGAGAGUUGAUAAGUAGGCUAGGUGCCGGAGCAAGUUCUGGCCGCGCUUCUACCGCUGAGAAGAAAUUGGAAAGACUUCUAGGCGAGGAACUAGUAGAGAAGCCAUUUGAGCGGAAACAAAUGAAAAUCAGGUUCCCUGAGCGUGGAAGGAGCGGAAGAUCUGUCAUAACAGUUAGUAACUUGGAUUUUGGCUUUGAGGAUAAAACACUUUUCAACAAGGCAAAUCUUACAAUUGAAAGGGGAGAAAAAGUUGCCAUUCUUGGUCCAAAUGGAUGUGGCAAGAGUACUUUACUGAAAUUGAUUAUGGGUUUAGAGAAGCCAAAGAGCGGUGAAGUUAUACUUGGGGAGCAUAAUGUAUUGACCAACUAUUUUGAGCAAAAUCAGGCUGAAGCACUUGAUCUGGAAAAGACAGUGCUUGAGACAGUAGAGGAAGCUGCAGAGGACUGGAGGAGUGAUGAUAUCAAAGGACUUCUUGGGCGUUGUAAUUUUAAAUCUGAUAUGCUUGACCGUAAAGUUUCUCUAUUGAGUGGUGGUGAGAAGGCACGGCUGGCUUUUUGCAAAUUUAUGGUAAAACCGUCAACUGUGCUUGUUUUGGAUGAACCAACCAAUCACUUGGAUAUACCUUCUAAAGAAAUGCUUGAGGAGGCAAUAACGGAGUACCAGGGCACUGUUAUUGCAGUAUCUCAUGAUCGGUACUUUAUAAAGCAGAUAGUUAAUAGAGUGAUUGAAGUUAAAGAUGCCACUUUACAGGAUUAUGCUGGGGAUUACAAUGGCUGCAUGAUCAGCCAUUGCAUGGCUCAUUCUGACAAAGAGCUUGAACGUGAGGCAGAGCUUGAGGACAAAGCUCCUAAAGUGAAAGCCAAAUCUAAGAUGUCAAAGGCUGAGAAAGAAGCAAGGAAGAAGCAAAAGCAGCAAGCCUUUCAAGCAGCAAAACAGAAGUCUAAAGGUGCAAAAAAUUCAAAGAGAUGGAAUUGAGUUACCCAUUCCAUUACACCAUAUAAAAAAGCACAAUGUUAGACUUAUUCACCACUUAAGGGAGGGAUGGAAGGUGAAGUAGCGUGUUGAGUUAGCUGCUACCUUUGUAUAUAUCAUCAUGUCUCAAUGGACUAACUUUGAAAAUAAUUGAUUAGAAUAUAGAAGCUUCAUUAUAGCAUUAUUCUGAGUAACGUUUGCACCUUGCAGUCUCAACAACAAUUUGGUUUUCAGUUUUUUUUUUUUAUAAAAAAACUGAUUCGUUGGACCUGUAUAGCAUCAUGUCAUCAUGGUAUUUUUGAGAAAUAAAGGACUUCAGCAUUCACAAA